UUUCGUUACUCUCGCCGCUCUCAAGAUGGCUACCUCGACGUCCCAUACUGUGCCUCCCCUAAGAUGGCCGCCGGCCCCUCCUCUAUUCUCUUCCUCUCCCUUCCCUUGUUUUGAAUAAACUUUAUUGAGAAGCCGAAGAAAAAGCAGGAUCUUGGGCCUCGCUGAGGCCUUUUCAGCUGAAGAAAAGGCUACUGGAGCUGUUUUGCCUCGCGAAGGCCUCGAUCCCCGCCCUGGAGUAGACCCUUCCGCCGGGGAGAAGGUGCCGGAACCUGGCGUGUGAAUCAGCAGAGCCUCGCGUCCGCCUCCGGGCCUGGGGCAAGAAGAGGAGGAGGAAUCUCUGCUGUAGUGCAGGGGGAGCCCCCAAGACAAGAUUUCUGGGAGUAAGAGGGAGCUUGGCUGGGCAUUUGGGGACUUGGGAGGGAAAGCAAAAUCCAAAGGCUGCGCUUGGAGAGCGAAGUAGCCCUAAGGCUCUUUGUCAGGCUGAAGGAAAAGCUGACAAUCCCCUGUGGGGAGAAACUGGGAGAGAAGACAGGGAAGUUUGAGAUUCUACCAGCUGCAAGGGUGACCCCCCCUCCCCAAAUCUGGGGUGCAUAUCCCAAGAAGAUACGGGGUUACCCCCUUAACUAUAGAAGGAAGGGGAACUGCAAACUUCUGAGCAGUGGGGGGGCUUUGGAGAGGGGAGCAGAGAGCCUGGCUUAAUGUUUUUAAGGGUUUCAGAUUCUUAGCCUAAAACUUUAGGUUAAAAUUGGUGGGUUAAGAGAGAUUCCUUAGGCGGAAAGAGACAAGACGGACUUAACAAGGAUCAAAGAAGUUCAUUUUGCAUGAAAGUUGGUGCCUGAGAAGUAAGGGGGUGGUGGAUGAAAUGUUUUGCUCCCUGCCCUAGCUGGGGCAAAGCUGACUUUCCCUCAGGCCUCAACAUGAUCGGCUUCUCCAACUUGCCAUAGUGGACAGUUUGAUGUUGUGCGAUUCCUGAGGGUCUUCCUUUGCUUGAACCUGGAACAACCCCCUCUCCCACCAUGGCCUCUGUACCUGUGUAUUGUCUCUGUCGCCUGCCCUACGAUGUCACCCGCUUCAUGAUCGAGUGUGACGUUUGUCAGGACUGGUUCCAUGGCAGCUGCGUCGGAGUAGAAGAGGAUGCGGCAGCUGACAUUGACUUGUAUCACUGCCCCAACUGCCAACUUCUUCAUGGACCAUCUGUCAUGAAACGGCGCCGGGGGAACCCGAAGCAGCCCGACUCAUCUGCCAGCAAAGAGGCUGGCAAGACGGUGAAGACCGGUAGCGGUCAGUUCAUCAAGGAGCUUCGCAGCAGGACUUUUCCCAGUGCGGAUGAGGUGAUCCUAAAGCCGAGCGGGACCCAGCUGACGGUGGAGUUCCUGGAGGAGAACAGCUUCAGCGUGCCCAUCCUUGUCCUGAAGAAGGACGGGCUGGGCAUGACCCUCCCUCCGCCUUCCUUCACCGUGCGGGACGUGGAGCAUUAUGUGGGUGCUGACAAGGAGAUUGACGUAAUUGACGUGACGCGCCAGGCCGACCUCAAGAUGCACCUGGGUGACUUUGUCAGCUAUUACUCCAGCAGCCGCAAGGAGAAAGUCCUUAAUGUCAUCAGCCUGGAGUUCUCCGAGACCCGGCUCUCUAACUUGGUGGAGACCCCAAAGAUUGUGCGCAAGUUGUCCUGGGUGGAGAACCUGUGGCCAGGGGAGUCGGUCUUUGAGCGGCCCAACGUGCAGAAGUACUGCCUGAUGGGCGUGCGGGACAGCUACACGGACUUCCACAUUGACUUUGGAGGCACCUCUGUCUGGUACCACGUGCUGCGGGGAGAAAAGAUCUUCUACCUGGUGCGCCCCACUGCUGCCAACCUGACGCUAUUCGAGACGUGGAGCAGCUCCUCCAAUCAGAACGAAAUGUUCUUCGGGGACCAGGUGGACAGGUGCUACCGCUGCCCCGUCCGCCAGGGCCAGACGCUCUUCAUACCCACAGGUUGGAUCCAUGCGGUGCUGACCCCAGUCGACUGCCUGGCCUUUGGGGGCAAUUUUCUACACAGUCUCAACAUUGAGAUGCAACUCAAGGCGUACGAGAUUGAAAAGCGCCUCAGCACAGCCGAUCUCUUCAAAUUCCCCAACUUCGAAACCAUCUGCUGGUACGUCGGCAAGCACCUGUUGGAUAUCUUCCGAGGUCUUCGAGAGAACCGCAGGCACCCCGCUGCUUACUUGGUUCUUGGGGCCAAAGCCCUGAACACGGCCUUCCGCUCCUGGACGAAGAAGGAGGCCCUGGCCGAGCACGAGGAAGAAAUCCCUGGCACCAUGCGUCCAGCGCAGCUCAUCAAAGAUUUGGCCAAGGAGAUCAGGCUUGUUGAAGAUAUUUUCCAGCAGAACCUCGGGAAGACGGGCAGUCCCUUCGGCCGGCAGAGGGGCACCCAGCCUGGCGCGGCUGCCAAAAGGGGAGACCAGAGUCCGAAGGAGGUGGGCAAGAAAGGCAGCCGGAAGGACGUCGCCUCGCUCAAAGCCGUGGAGGUGGAACUGCUGCGCAAAUACAAGCGGCAGGUCCUCAAGGGUGUGGAGAGCCCCGGCCCGGAAGAGUUUGAUUUGCCAAGUUCCAGCCUGGAAGAUACGGAUGGGGAACCCGACCUGACCGAGGAAGAGCUGUCCUUGGUGGUGGCAACCAACGGCCGGGGCACCAGGAAGAUCAAGGCCUCCGAACGUGCCCGGAGCCGUAAAGGCGCGCAUGCGCGGACCCCGCCCAGUCCCUCCGAUGCCGAGGCCCCGGAUGUCGACUCCGAGGAGGACCUGCAGAUCGACGAGACGCCGCGCAGGGAAAGGCGGGGCCUGGUGCUGCACAAGGGGCUGUCCAAAUUUCCCCGGAAAUUGCCACGAGCCAAACCCUGCUCUGACCCAAACCGAGUACGAGAGCCAGGAGAAGUGGAGUUUGACAUUGAGGAGGACUACACCACAGAGGAGGAGGAGGAGGAGGCCUCCGGCGACGACCAGCUGGAGGGCAGCAGUAGCGCUGGUGGGAUUCUGGACCUGCUCAAGGCCAGUCGGCAGGUGGGCGGUGCGGACUACGACGAGCUCAGCGAUGCGCCUGCCUCCCCCAGCACUCAGGAAGCCAUCCAGGGCAUGCUGUGCAUGGCCAACCUCCAGUCCUCCUCGUCUUCGCCAGGGGCCUCCAGCCUGCAGGCCUGGUUGGCGGCCGGGCACGAACGCGGCUCUGCGGGAGCCUCUGGUGCUCAGCGCUCAGGGAAGAGGCCCAUCAAACGUCCCGCCCACCACAGCACCGACAGCGAGGAAGAGGCCAGCCUGGAUGAGCAGGAGAGCCUGGGGGCCUGCUUCAAGGACGCCGAGUACAUUUACCCUUCCCUGGAAUCGGAUGAGGACGACCCCGCCUUGAAGUCUCUACCAAAGAAGAAGAAGUGCACAGAUGAUGCUCCCUGGAGUCCCAAGGCCCGGGUAACCCCGACGCUGCCCAAGCAAGUCCGGCCUGUGCGUGAGGGGACCAGAGUGGCGUCUGUCGAGACGGGCCUGGCAGCCGCAGCAGCUAAACUAGCUCAGCAGGAACACCAGAAGUUGCAGCGGCGGAAGCUGGUUGUCAAAAGGAAACCACCCUCUCCAAAAGCACCCAGCCCAGAACCAGAGCCGGAACCCGAACCGGAACCCGAGCCAGAACCAGUGGAAGCAGAGGUGGAACCAGACCUACCGCCAGAACCGCAGCAGGAUCCAGACCCUGGGGUGGCGGCGGUUCCUGUGCCCACCCCUCCAACUCCAGAACCCAAACAGGAGCAGUUUGCCGGCAGUCUGGUGGAUCAUGAGUACACCGCCCGGCCCAACGUCUUUGGAAUGGCCCAGGUGAACCGCGGCUCCACCCCCAUGGCGCCGGGUGUCUUCUUGUCCCAGCGGCGUCCUUCGGCUGGCUCGCCAGGUCCUCAGGCAGCGCAAGGGAAGCGCCCCAAGAAGGGGCUGGCCACGGCCAAGCAGCGGCUGGGACGCAUCCUGAAGAUCCAUCGCAACGGCAAGCUGCUGCUCUGAGCGCCAUCCCAUCAGCUCCAGACCUCACGCCCCUCCGGCACCAGAGGAUGAGGGAGGCCCAGAGACACGUCCCGUUUGGGGGCACUGCCUCGGAGAGCUGCCAGGACAGUGGGGUGCGGAUGAGGCCCGCGCUCCCUCUCCCUGCCUCCCGCGGUUCCGAGCCAGGACUGAGCUGCCCCUGCUGCAGGGAUCACUGAGCAAGUUGUUGAGCUGAACCACGCUGGCUUCCCCUGGAGAGGCAGACUGUGCCGGAGGCGGAGGGCUCCCCACGCCCGUGGUCUCUCCAUCCCUACCUCGACCCGCUGCACUUCCUUUUCUGUUCUGGGGCUGAUACCUCUGUAGAAUUCUCCCCUUCCUCUGCCAAAUCACACACAGGGACAUCGGUUGGUCUUUUUUUCUUCCCAGCGGCUUCACCCGUCCUUUGUAUUUUUGCUGCUGCACCCGGACCCUGGCAAAAAGGGUUUAUUACUUUACUUUUUAAACUGUUCAUUCCCAGCAGGAAGCAACUGUUCAUUGCCUUCGCUGAAGCAGGUAGCCCCUUUUCCCCUCCCGGUCUUCUAGAGCCUCUGCGGCCCCUUUCCAGACGCACCUUGGGGGAGUGGGGUGGAAGAGCAACUUUGGCCCUUUGCCCCACAGAGGGUCACCCAGCAGCUUGGCAGACUCAAAAGGAGGCAAGACGGAGGCCCCUCUUUUGGAAAAGGCAACGGCAUUCUUUCAACAUCCUGGGAGGUCGGAGUGCAAGUACAGGCUAGAAAUGCCCCCGGUGUUGAAUAGGUUUCGAAACCUCCGGUCAAGUGGAAGCAUUUUGUCCGUCCGUCAUGGCACAUGCAGACGACACACCCCAUUGGUAGCUUCACCUGGUUUACCUGUACCACUUCAGAAUGCAAAUUGAGGGCAGGAGCGAGGGGUGGGGUGGGGGACCCAAAUGUUUCAUGUUCCCCCAGAUAAUAAACUCGCUGCAUAUUCAAGACGAGUUUGUCGGAAAGAAGGCUUCUCCCUGUCUUGCCCAUCUGUGCACAUGAAGGGAGUUCUGAUGUUUUGGUGUUUGUUUCCUUUGAACCUUCACGCUCAAUCCUGCACUUGCGGUCAGAAGUGGUACAGGUGAGCAUCAGUUGCAUCCAAUGGGGUCUGGAAAGGGGUGGAGACUCUCCCUGGCAGGUUCCCCCCUACGCUGCCAGGGGUUUCCAGUAGGCUUCGCUGUUGUUCCCAUCACAGAUCUCUCCUGUUGGGGUUAAAGCAGGCUCCCUUCCCUUCCCCCACCCAGCCCCCUUCUUCAGCGGCAGGGAGGGCACAAAAGCCCCCAAAGCAAGGACUUAAAAGACGUUUCUACCCAGCUGCACGGCUCAGUUUAUAUGGCUGUGUACCAUAUUUUUACGCCAGACUCCAGCAGGCUUUGUGUAAAUGUUUGAAUUCUAUUUUUUAGGCAUCUCUCUAGAAAUGUGUGUUUAAAAAAAAAAAAGAAAUGAAGCUGAAACUUUUUUUAUAUAUAUAUAUUCAGGGUUAGAAUAAAAAACCUUUGUCGGUUAA